UGUACUUUGGGUUAGCUUGACUUUUUAAUUGCAUAUGAUGACAUUACAGGUAUAAAACCAACAUCCCAGCUUGGUCUCCCUCAACCUUCUCACUCAAGCCAAGAAAUCGAGCUGCUGCUUUGUUUGAUCGCAAUGGCAAUGGAGCCUCCUCCCCUGUUCCUGUGCCCCAUCUCGAUGGAGCUAAUGGAGGACCCCGUCACGGUGGCCACCGGCGUCACCUACGACCGCCGGAGCAUCGAGCGGUGGUUCUUCAAGUACGGCAAGACGACGUGCCCGGCCACCAUGCAGCGGCUUGCUUCCUUCGACUUCACUCCCAACCACACCCUCAAGCGCGUCAUCUCGUCGUGGCUGGACCGCGCCUCCUCGUCGUCGUCGCCGAGCACGGCCGGCUCGCCGGCGACGACGUCGUCGUCGUCGUCGUCAAACGCGAUGGAGAGGGAGAGGUUGCCGUCGGUGCUCGCUGGCAUUGAGGAGACGCCGUUCAAGGCGACCGCGCUCAAGAACCUCAAGUCCUGCAUGGCCGGCGACGAGGCGGCGCGGGAGGAUUUCGUGGCGUGCGGCGGCAUCCAGGUGCUCGGCCGGGUCAUGACGCAGGCGCUGGAGGAGAGCUCCGCCGGGGGGGACUUCUCGGCGUUCCGGACGUGCGAGGAGGCCGCCGCCGUCCUCGCCACGCUGCCGCUCUCGGACGACGCGUCGGUGGAGCUCCUGCUCAAGCCGGAGUGCAUAAGGCCCGUGUCCGUGCUGGUCCAGCGCGGCAGCGCCGAGGCGAGGCUGCACGCAAUGUCCAUGAUCUCCAAGAUCUCCAGGGCCAGCGUCCGCGACUGGACCGCGGAGGUCGACGUCGACGACAUGGUCAAGGCCCUCCUCGAGCUCCUCUCCGACGGCGCCUCCGCGAAGCUGAGCUCCCGCGCGCUCGACGUGCUCCUCGACGUCACGGCGCGGUACUCCCGCGGCGCGCGGCGCGCCAAGGCCGUGGAGCUGGGCGCCGUGCGCGUCCUCGCCGAGCUCCUCCUCGACGCCGACCGCCACGUCGCCGAGCGGUCGCUCCUCCUCCUGAAGCGCAUGUGCAAGUGCCCCGAGGGGCGGCUGGCCUUCGCCGAGCACGGGCUGGCGGUGGCCGCCGUGGCGCGCGCCGUGCUCCGGGUGUCCGGGCUCGCCACGAGGCUCGCCGUCAACGUGCUGUGGCUGGUGGCGUGCGCCCCGGCCCCCGCCGAGAGGGUGCUGGAGGACAUGGUGGUGGGCGGCGCCGUGGCGAAGCUGCUGGCGCUGAUGCAAGUGGAGAGCUCGCCGUCGACCAAGGACAAGGCGGUGAAGAUGCUGCGAGCGCACGGCGCGUUCUGGAGGCAGUACCCUUGCUUCCCCACGGACCUCAAGGACUACCUCAAAUCUCUCAACUGAUCAUCUUUCAGAGUGAUCAGUAAAGUGAUUUGUAAAUUGUAAAUUAAGAGAAAUUGGAUGUGUAUUGUUUUGUAGGAAUACAGGAGAUUAAAGCAGGACAUUCAGCAUGGUAUAUGCAUCUGUGUUUGUGUGUGGGCUGUCUAAAAUCGCAUGAAUUCUGCGUGAUUUUCAUAGAAAUUUGAAAUUAAACAAUUCAAGUGCAUUAGGAGAUAGGAAAAAAAAUCUAGGUGGUGUUUUUUUUCUAAAGAUGAAGAUUAAGAUUAAGAUUAAGCUUUUUACGCAAAACAAUGUGGUAUUAACGUAUGAUUGAUUGAGUUUUAAUUAUUACAAACUUAAAAAAGUAUAUUAAUAUGAUAUUUUAGAGCAACUUUCAUAUAGAAAGUUUUUACACGAAACGUACUGUUUAUUUAAACAGUUUGAAAAGCGUGCUACAAAAAUCUUAAUCUUCGUCUAACUUUUUGUUUUGGAAAAAAGAACGGGAACUGUGUAAAAGCUGGGGCGUUUUUCAUCCACUAGCAACAUGUUUGAAUUCGACAUGUACGUGUGUUUUGUACUUUUGUUUAGUUGAGCAAAACUAGUACCAUUGACUUGGAAUCAAUACAGAAAAUCCUCCUUUUCAAACAAAAAAUUCUGUAUCGAAACCUUCAGAGAGGAGCAAAGCGUUGACUUUCAUUGGAGACAACUGAACUUCUCUCGAGAACAAAAGAGAGUUGAACUUG